CAAUCCGACACAACAAUUGCACGUACAUUCAGAAAGUUAUUAAGAAGGUGCGUGCACGCAGUGACAGUGAUGUGUGUGUGAAGUAUAUGGAUUGCUGAUUUAUUGUUUUUGAACGAAGACCUAUGCAAAAUGGGGCGCGAUGAUAAAAAGAGCGGGACAAUUGUCCUGGAAAAUUUCAAUUCCACGGCGAACCUAGCUUCCAACCCUGGGUUCCAGUCGACCCUGACUUUGGGGUCCAAGGAGAUUAUCAAUGAGAAGGCUUACAACCCCUUUGAGCAUAGAAAUGUGGAGCACCCUACCUCUACCAUUGGUUCCCUGGUUCACCUGCUGAAGUCCUCGCUAGGGUCUGGUAUCCUGGCGAUGCCUGCGGCCUUCAAGAAUGCCGGACUCGCGGCCGGGGCGAUUGGUACUAUAGUCGUCGGGUUUAUAUGUACGCAUUGCGUCUAUGUUCUUGUAAGGACAUCUCAAGAGGUAUGUGUGGAGGCAAAAAAGCCGUCCAUGGGAUUUGCGGAAACCUGCGGGGCAGCUUUCGAAUUUGGACCAAAAAAACUCAGGCCUUGGGCCAAUUUUGCCAGGACGUUCAUAGAUUACGCCCUCACCUGUACGUACUUAGCGGCCCUUUGCGUCUACGUCGUCUUCAUAUCGGAAAAUUUUAAAGAGGUUUUAGAUGUCUACAUACCAGAUUACAAGCUUUCAGUGGAAGCCUACUGCGCAUUGACCCUUGUGCCUCUGGUGCUGAUCUGCCAAAUCCGCAACCUCAAAUGGCUGGUGCCAUUCUCAGCGGUCGCCAACGUUUUCUUGGUCAUAUGUUUCUCUAUCACCAUGUAUUACAUCUUCAACGACCUGCCCAACCCUGCUGAGAAGGAGAUGGUGGCUAGUGUUACCCAAUGGCCUCUUUUCAUAAGUACCGUCAUAUUUGCGAUGGAGGGGAUCGGUGUUGUGAUGCCGGUUGAAAAUGAAAUGGCCAAGCCUCAGCAGUUUUUGGGAUGUCCUGGAGUGCUGAAUGUGGCGAUGACUAUUGUCAUAUCUUUAUAUGGAAUCGUCGGGUUCUUUGGCUUCAUCAAGUAUGGAGACGAAGUGAGGGGCAGUGUCACUUUGAAUUUGCCGCAACAUGAAGUCGCCGCCCAAGCUGCCAAGAUCCUGAUGGCCCUGGCGAUCCUCUUCACCUACAGCCUGCAGUUCUACGUGCCCAUGGAGAUGAUCUGGAGACAACUCCACGACAAAGUCUCCGUGAGAUACCACAACAUCACGCAAAUCUCUAUUAGGACUGCAGCCGUUGUUGGUUCAGUUGCACUAGCCGCCGCCUUCCCUAACUUAGAGCUGUUCAUUAGCCUUUGUGGAGCUAUCUUCCUCUCCAGCCUCGGUCUCCUCACUCCAGCCAUCAUCGAUACCGUCCAUAACUGGGACCGGGGCUUAGGCAGGUUCAACUGGAUUCUUUGGAAGAACAUCUUCAUCGGAAUCAUCUCCCUGAUCGCCCUAUUUGCCGGUUCUUACGUCUCAAUCCAGGAAAUGGUCCACAAAUUUAAUACACAUUAUGUUUCAGAUUUAGUUGUUAAUGACACUAUAAGUAUAAGUAAUCAAACUCUCGUAUUAUAAGGUUGUGACUAAAUUUGUGACUUCAGACGGUUGUGCUUUUGAAUUUGUUAAAUUGUAUAAUGACUCUAACUAUUUUCUAUAUUAGUCUGGGAAUAUUUUUUUGCAUGAGAUUAAAUAUGAUAUGAAAAUAAAAAAAAUAGGUAAUCCAAAUCCGUGCGAAAAAUAUGGAUUCUUGAGAGCAGGAACCACACGGCACUUAAAUAGGCUAAAAGAUAAUAAAUAAAUUUACACUAUUGUUUUGCAAAAUCCAUAUGAAUCCAGAAUGCCCUAUCGCAUUAAGUCCACCUAUUAUACACAAUACAUGCAUAAAAUUUAAAUAAAAAAAUAUGAAGCCAUGAGUUGUCUAUGAUUCAUGGACCAACGUAGAAUGAAAAAAAUAUGUUUAACAAUGAAUUAAGAUAUAAGAUCAACAUAGUUGUGAACUUUACGACUUAAUAAUUUAUAGUGAGUAACAGUUUCAGUACAAUGAAAGUCUUAAAUGGUCUGAAAGACUAUAAAAUUAAAAUUAGUUUUAUAAAGUAGAUAGUGGAUUUAGUGGUUAAUAAGACAAUGAAAUAUUUAAGAGGCAAUAAAAUAAAUUGUGUUACUAAUCUUAAUUUAGUUUUAAGCGCCAGUUAGGAUAAGACUUAACAUGGGUUGCAUCAUAUAACUAAUUCCCGCUUUGCCAUUUUUUUUACUCAAUUUUUUUUUGUACUAUUACUCAACAAUUGCAGUGACUAUAUCAUAUUCAAUAAUAAUCUGAAAUAAAAUUUGACGUUAACUAUAACCGAGGCUUCAGUGCAAUUCACUUUAAACAAUGUAAUAAAAUAACAAGGGAUUAAAAUCCGUCCUUUAAAGUCUAACAUUGUUAAGGUUAGUUAAUUAAUUUACUCUUCCUUACCAUACCAAUUAGGCGCGCGAAAUAUAUGCGGGCACUUAGUGUUUGUGUGUUAAGUACGCGUGGCUCUCUGUGUGAAGGUACGGUGUGUAAGUUUGUUUUAAAAAGUUUUUGGUAAUUAAAGGCCCAUUUAAGAGCAGAUUCGGUCUACCAACUCAAUUUUUUUUUUGUUUACCAUACCUAAUAGUUACCAUCCCCCGUAACGUACGCACGCUUGACGUCGUUUUUUGCGCGACCUAUUAUAUCGCUGUCCCGUUUUACGUCAUAAUAAAAAGCGAAACAGUAUGAUAUUGUGAAACCGUGAUCCAAUAUGGGUGAAGGAUGUGGGUGUCAGACAGGAAUUCCUCCGUGUAAAAAUGCCUGACUUACUCUAUGAAAUGAGGAAAAAGAAAUUUCUGUAACACUGCUUAAACAUAAUUUACAGCCUACGCAAAAUUCUUGUUUAGAAGGCCGAAAAAUAAGAAUAAGUUAUCAGAAUAUUUUUGCAACUUAACAAGUGAUAUACAUUUUUUAUACCUACCUACUUUCUUUAUUGGGAUCUAGAAUUUUACAAAGUUUUCCAUUUGUGUUAAUAUUGACUGAGGGUGAACUAAACAGAAAUCUUUAUAUUAAUUGUUUUCUAACUAUCGAAAACAUAUUAUUUACGUGAAUAAAGUAAUAAAAGAAAAAUUCUAGGUAAUAGGUUUUCAAAUUACACACAAAAGCAUGAAUGAAACUUUAUAAGUCUUCAUGAACAAACUUUUUUAACUCAUUUCGUUUCAACAAUGUGAUGACAUAAAGUACAUUUUAUUAAAUAAAAUUUGAAAUGUGAUACGUUAUUUAU